GUCGCUCGGGAAAAGGUCGCGCCUAUUCCAGGACACGGGAAUGGUCGGAUAAAAGUGGCUCCACCUUCCGCUACUGGAAAACAGGACAGCCUGAUAAUGAUGGGCGAAGUCCGAACUGUAUUGCAACUGAUCUGGGCAACAAUGGCCUGUGGUCCGAUGAACUCUGCAGCAGAAGGCUCCCUUUUUUCUGCUAUGAACUACAUGAUGAAACUCCAGUACAAAUAUCAUCUCAUCUGAGCUUCCUUCAACCAAAGAAGUGGUUCAAACAAAAACCGUAUCCAGUGAAACUCAAAACAACUAUUUUUGUUUCCCACCACAAGUCAAGUCAAAUAACCACCAUGAAGGUACACUCAACCAGUACAGAGAGAACUUCUCCUGAGCAGCUUUCAACUCUGGGGCAAACAACAUCCCUUCCUGACCGAACCCCUCUUUCCACCAGCCAAACAGUGACUACAAAUAUAAGAACCACAACUAUGCAAUCCACCACAGAUCUAGUCACUACUGAGAUGACCACAUUUGAGCAGCCCUCAACUAAAGAAGUGGAACAAACGAGAACCAUUUCAACGACUCCAAGUCAGAUAACCACCAUCAAGGUACACUCAACCAGUACAGAGAGUACUUCUCCUGAGCAGCUUUCAACUUUACAGUCGUUGCAAACAACAUCCCUUAAUGGCAAACAUAUCAUCAACAUCAGAGUCAAAUUCACCUCUACGUCACAGCUGAGUGAAGACGACAUCAACAAGCUGGUGCAAGUGCAGUUUCGCAAUCUACUGAUAGAAAAAGGACUUCCUACAAACAUCGAGGUGGGCUUGAAGAGAACGCUGAGAAUAACAAAAAACGGACUUAGACGGUGGUAUAAAUGAAGAACCAGCAACGAUUUUAGAAAGGAGAGGCUGAAAUCUUGCUUUGAUUAUUUUUGUUCUUCGACCACACACCAAAGUAUUAAACAAAAGAUAAUGUAGAUAGAACAUUGUAUAACUCUACUUAACUUGUUUUUUUAUAAUUUUUUUAUUUGAGAAUGUCAGUUCGGUUUCUAUGUAACGUUGAAUCAGUUUUUUCCACAAUAAAUUGACUUUGUUUUUAUUGUUUAUAAUACAC